AUGUUCUGUCUACGAAGUUGGCUUCCGCUCCUCUUCAUCCCGACAAACGCCUCGCCUCUAUUCAUCAUUUCCUUCGUGGCGCUAACAUAUACCAUUCACCGGCCAUGCAUCUACUGUUCCGCGCUCCUGCUCAUUCUAUUCGCAUCAUCCUGCCACUGGUCCGACCGGUGUAUUUUCGAUCUACGAAGCAACUGGUUUGCGCCACGCUAUAGCUCCCAGUCUGGCGGAGAAUACGCACCUAUGUCCGGAAACGCCACAAUGGAAGCACCACUUCCUGGUGAUAGCCUUGCCAGCUUUGUGUUCGACACAGUCAACUCCACUGCGAAGGUUCUGGCUGGAGCAGCCAUGGACAGUGCGCAGCAAAGUCUUGGGAUUGAGUCGCGGCCCGAUGAAUGGACUGGCGUUGGGUUAGAAUGGUUGCGCAGUUUGCUGGGACGGCAGGAGUGGACCCUUCCUUGCAUUGAUGUUAAGGUCCGACUAUAA